UUCACCUCCGUUUCGAAACGCUUGCACUCCAUUAUUGGAAUUCGCCCAAUCCCAAUUCAAUGCAGCUCGUCAGCAGAAAACCCUCAAUCGCAGACUCCUCGUCUCCACCGACGCCCCUCGACUCGAACUCGAAUCCAUACACUUGGAUGAUACGCCGUCGUUUGGAGAGCCUUCCUCCGUUAGAAAGCUCAGCUUCCCUUUCCCGCCACGACCGGGCGGUUGUGUCAAGCUGCUGGGCUCCCGCAAUGGUCUGGUAUUUGUAGCUGUUGAUGAGAAUUUGUUUUAUAUCUGGAACCCAUGCAUUGGAUUCUUGAAGCAAUUACCUGAUCCAGGUUUUCCCUUAGAUGAAAAUGUGAUACUCUUUUAUGGCGUUGGCUAUUUGUCCGCCACCCAUGAUUACAAAGUUUUGGUUGCCUCCUAUGACCUUCGUGAAGAGGAGAUAGAGGUCGAGAUGUUCUCAUUGAGAACUCACAUUUGGCUGAAGAUUGAACCCCCUUGCCUAAACAUCCCUUUUCUACUAGAUCUUCAGGGGACUCUUUCGAAUGAUGCACUUCAUUGGCUAAACUACGUCGAUGACAACAAGGAUGAAAUAGUUUCUUUUGACUUGGAAGACGGGGUGUUCCGGAGAAUGCCACUGCCUAAUUUCGACCGUGACGGUAAGACUUUCAGCAAGCUUGGGGUUUGUGGAGGGUGCCUGUGUGUAUCGCGUUUUCCGGAUGGUGCUUUUGACUCUAUUGAUUUCUGGGUCAUGAGAGAAUAUGCCGUCAGUGGCUCAUGGAUUAUGCUCUUUAGCUUAAAGCCGCCUGAGUUGCCCUUGUAUUCCAGACAAUUCUUGGUUCUGGAAAGUAGUACAGUUGCCGCGAGAUGGACUGACGAGGGGUCCAAGUUGAUAAAGAUUGAUCAUAAAGAAGACGAGAAGCUUGGGCGGUAUAUGCUUAAGGGGGUUCGCGUGUGUAUGAUUGAAUAUGAAGAGAGUCUACUUUGGAUUAGUAGUUAUCAUCCAGUUGAAAAGAAAGAGCAGGUCCAGAUACUCGAAACCCAUCAGAAGGCCUCAGGAAGCUGAAAUGGAAGAAUCUUUGCUCUUUGUUCAAAUGAGAGAUGGGUGGACUGAUAUUUUGGAAGAUGCAUGACUGGUUUGUAUUCGGAGAGUUUCUGAAUUCUUCACAUUUAUCUCAAAAGAAGAAAAAGAAAUAAUUCUAGGGGAUAAAUUUGAUGCCUUUGUCAUGAGGUUACUUGGUGGAGCCUAGAAUCCUAGAUAGUUGAUGGAAUGUAAGCCAAUUUACACAUGAUGCCGAUUUUGGAGGGAGCAGAAGUUUUUAAUUUUUUUAAUUUUUGGUGAUCGUGAAGAGGUUGGACGAUUUCAUUUUCUUGAUUUCUGUUCAACCCUUCCCACGUUGUUAAAUAAAGUUAAGUUCUUUAAAUGUUUGCUCUUUUGUAUUUUAUCUCAGUUGAACUGCUCCUAAAGCAAAAUUCUUCCUUGGUGGUCA